GUCAGGACUAGCGAGGCGGACGUGCUGAGGGGGUAGCUAAGCCGGAGGAGGGGCGACAUUGUCACAGGUCCACGGCAAUUAACAGAAAUCAAAGUGAAAAUGGAAAGAAUAGAGAAACAGGUGGUCACCAUGGAGAAAACUCUGGACUCCGCCAGAAGGUGGCGCUCGUUUUCCGUAUGUUUGUUGAUUGUGAUUAUAUUCCUGAUGGCGGCCAUUGCUACCGCUAUAGUGUAUUACGAACUGAUUAUGCGGCCCAAGAAGCUUGCCCACGAGGUUAUUAUUCAGGAAACAGUUGAUAUCGAGGAGGAGCCAACGGAACCGUCGAUGUUUCGUGAUUUAACAAAACUUGAAAUGAAAAGAUUGAAGAAGUACUUGUAUACACAUCGUGUGUUCAACCUUAAAUACACUGAACCCGUUGUUAUAAGCUCCAGCUUCAUGUUUCUCGCUGAACUUCAUCUUCCUAACAAAUCCCAGGCAUUGGACACGUUUAAUUCACUUCAUAAAGCACCACCUAGAGAGGCAAAAGUUGUGCUAUUCAGGGGAGAUAAGAAGAUUCCUGUUAUCGAAGAAUAUGUUGUUGGACCGCUUGCAAACAUAACGUACCAUCGUUUACUUGUGUCGAAACAUUACCAAAGACCGGCACCAUAUCUCUUCAGACCGAAUAGCCAAGCGGAAUACGCGGAGGUGAAGAAACUGUUGGUUGAAGUUGACAACAUCAUUAAAUACGUUUUACUGGAGAGUUAUGAUGCGAGCUUUUUCAAUUGUAACCGGAAAUGUUUGGUCAUGCAACAAUGGACAGCCGUCUCGCCGGCGGUGUCCGGAAGUGACGUACGCAAAGUAUGGUACUGGGCACACCACUCUACCGAGUAUUAUCUUUUCAAUCCUGUUGACUUCUUCAUCCUCUUUAACUUAGACGGAAAGGACCCAAGCAAAUAUCACGUCGAGACCAUCUGGUAUAACGGACAGUCUUUCGACACAGCUGAGCAUUUAGCAGAUGCCUUCACAGCGGGGACUAUAAAGAAAUCAUCCAUGAUAUUUCCGAAGGAAAAUCAAAUGCUUUUCUCAACCCUUAAUUUAAGAGGGAACCAGUUUCCUAACAAGAACAUGCGUAGCCCGAAGCAGGUGGAACCAGACGGCAGGCGUUACAACCGGAAGGACAGGCACAUUACUUAUAUGGGUUGGGAGUUCGAUUUCCGGAUGUCCACAACUACUGGACCUCAACUGUUUAACAUCAAACACAUGGGACAUCGAAUUGUUUACGAACUGAGUCUUCAGGAAAUGUCGUCAUUCCAUUCUGGAUUUAAACCUUGGAACAGGUAUUCUGAUAUGCUGUAUAGCAACAGUCUGAUGGGGUAUCAAGCUCGUAAUCUCGUUCCGGGAGCGGAUUGUCCUCCAUCUGCCUCCUUUGUUAGUGCUACCCACUGGACGGAACAUCGGAGUGAGCCUGUCACUUAUGAACGUGCAUUCUGUUUGUUUGAACAGAGCACAGGUGUGCCACUGAGGCGCCACCACGCGUACGACAGCGUUACUGGUCGCUUUUACGGCUCGUUAGAGGAUAUAGUUCUCGUUCUCAGGACUAUCAUCUCAGUAUACAACCAGGACUGUGUUGUUGAUUUUAUUUUUCAUCAAAAUGGUGCUUUGGAAGUAAAGACGUCGUUAACAGGUUAUAUGAUGGCCAUGCUUCACUCCCUUCCUGAAGGAAGAUAUGGCUUUCAACUUCGCGAUAGACUCAUAGGAACAGUUAGUCAACACGCUUUCAAUUUUAAAGUCGACUUGGAUAUUCAUGAAACAAAAAACCGAUACGAGACAUUGCAAUUUGAACCCCAUUCAAUAAACAACAACGAUUGGUCAACUGAAAAGAAUUCAAGAUACGAACAAAUAAAAUUUACCAGAAAUUCAAAGAUGACAGAACUUCACACUUUGUAUCGACAAAAUGCCAGCGUUCCUAUGUAUCAUAUAUUUUACAACAAAGGUUAUAAAACAACGUACAAUGAUCCGAGAGCCUAUCGCUUACAGAUCGAUGGCGGAUUGACACAACUUCUGUCACAGGGUACCGGGAACGAGCCUUCGAUAUCGUGGGCGCGGUAUCAGAUGGCGGUGACUCGCCGGAAAGACGACGAGGGACAAAGUAGUUCAAUCUAUGCUAUGUGGGAUAAGAAAGAGCCAAUUGUGAAUUUUCAGAGUUUCCUUGACGACAACGAAAGCAUUGUGGAUACAGAUCUGGUUGCCUGGGUAACUCUCGGACUUCACCACCUACCACAGAUGGAGGAUCUACCACUUAUUUCAUCAAUUGGCAAGAGGCUAUCAUUCUUUUUAACUCCAUUCAAUUACCACGACUCUGACCCAUCCAUGGCAUCCAGGGACGCAAUACGCAUGUCAUAUGAUGGGACUUCCGGUACCGAUCAAGCUGUUAGAGUUGAAAAUUAUGGAUUACCGAAGGACUUUACGUGUGAUUCUGAAUAUCAAGGAGGAUCGGAAAGUAACUAUAAUCUAUCGACACUAUUUGAACAAAACUAAAAAAAAAAAAAAAAUGUAAUUAUCAAAAUAAAUUAAUAUAUUUCCAUCAUUGUUAUUUUUUAUAUUUCAUUGUCUUUAUCGCCAUGUGAACAAUAGGGUGAUUAAA